UCGUGGAGACUUCCGGUUGCCUGUACCGAUCAGGCGUGGAAAGGGAGCAGCGGAACAGACUGUAAACAUGACGAAGCUCACUCAAUGGCUUUGGGCGCUGGUGCUCCUGGGCUCCGCCUGGGCCGCCCUGACCCUGGGGGCGCUGGAGUUGCCCCCCGCCUGCCAGGAGAUCCUGUGGCCGCUGCCCGCCUACCUGCUGGUGUCGGCCGGCUGCUAUGCCCUGGGCACCGUGGGCUACCGCGUGGCCACUUUCCACGACUGCGAGGACGCUGCCCGCGAGCUGCAGAGUCAGAUCCAGGAGGCCAGAGCCGACUUAACCCGCAGGGGAAUGCGCUUCUGACAGCCCUCGCUGCUCCCUCUCUCCCUCCCCAAUAAAGAACAGCUUUAUUUUCUGUU